ACGUCGACUCCCGACCGACCGAACUCUCCCUCGCCACCUCUCCCCUCUGCUCUCUCUCCCGCCUCCCGAGCUCCACCGCCGUUCGUCCACCAGUUGCGUGCUCCCCUCUGCACUCCUAUCUCCAGCCGAGCCAUCCCCCGCCGCCGUCUCCUCUCCUCACCACCCCCAUCAACAGCCGCGGCACCCGCUGCCGCGUCCCAGCCGCGCGCGCCAAGCUGCCCUCCUCUCCGGCCUCGUCCGACCAGACCCCGGGCCGUCCGCGCCGGUGAGGGAGGGAGCCAUGCCGCCGACCGCUGCGGAGGGAGGGUCGACGUCGGAGGCAACAACGGCGACGACGUGUUCCUCCCCGGCCUCCUCCGAUUUUUUGGCUAACGCAGACGAACCUCUGAUGUAGUAAAGAUCAUGUUUCAUCUAAAGAAAUACCAAAGGAUUUUUUAGAAUUUCUUCAAGUGAUCUAUGUACAAGAACAACUACACAUAUCAAGGUAAUCCAGUUACAUGGAAUAAAUUGCCAGAUCGUCUGAGAUUAAGAAUUGGCAUGUUACAACAGAUAAAUUAAGGCAGGAGAAAUCCAGUUAACUCCAAUCCAGUGCAAGGGAGAGUGUAGAACACAAAGUAGAUCUCAUAGGUAAGUACUGAGUCCACCCGUGGUAGUAAGGGAACCAGAGCGAAGGAUAUUGCUGUUUAGCAAAGGGUGCUGAUAGGUAAUUACUUCAUUUGUUCUAAAUUUCUGUAUCUUCUCACAAAUAACUAUGGAGCUUAUGUCAAUGCCGAUGUUUUCUUAUCUGUCUUCUCCAAGUCAAUGUCAGUAGCGUGAUGUUCAGAGGCUUGCACCAAUUGGAAGAAAAUUUGAGGAAGAGACUAAAAGGCACAAAAAUAAGUAUUCUGAUUUCUGGUCUAAGAACCUUGGUUCUUGCAUACCGUGUCUUGGAUGAGAAAGAAUAUCAGAAAUUUGCUGAAAAAUUCCACACUGCCAAAAUAUCUGGAAGUGCUGACAAAGAUGAAAAACUUGAGGAGGCUUCUGACAACAUCUAGCAGGAUUUGCUUCUUCUUGGUGUUACUGCUGCUGAAGACAAGCUCCAGAAAGGGCACUUGUGAGCAUGUGCAUUUAUAUUCAGGUGCCAGAAUGCAUUGACAAGCUUGCACAAGCAGGAAUUAAGACAUGGGUGCUGACGGGUGACAAAAUGGAGACAGCUAUAAAUAUCGGCUUUGCAUGUAGCCUACUCAGACAAGGGAUGACACAGAUAAUCAUCACCCUGGAAGCACCUGACGUCCUUGCAUUGGAGAAAAGUGGAGAGAAACAUUCGUUGCAAAGGAAGCUGAAGCUUACUGAUUUUGGACUUGCACGAGAGGAAGCUGUGACUGAAAUGAUGACAGCCGAAACUGGGACAUACAGAUGGAUGGCCCCAGAGUUAUACAGCACUGUCAGUCCGUCAUGCUUCGACGCGGUGAGAAAAAGCACUACACAAAUAAAGUGGAUGUGUACAUCUUCAGCAUCGUCCUGUGGGAGUUAUUGACCAAUAAAAUGCCAUUUGAAGGCAUGCCGAAUCUACAAGCUCCAUAAUCAGUAAGCAUGAGGCCUUUAUUUGCUACAAAAUGAUAUCGCUUCCUUGAAAGUAGUUUUGUAGCAGUUGUGUAAUUCCGUGACUCCUUACGAGUUUUAACUCCCUUAAUUAACUUUCCAAAGUAUCCUUGUCAGUUAGUAAUGUUCCCUUCUGCAAUACUUUGCAUGUUUUGAAGUUUUUAGCUACAACAAUUGCUUGGCUACUUCUAAUAAAUUGUAGACUAAAUGGUCAUUUUUAUAUUAUGUUUUCAUGGAACUGUAUUGUAUUCUGAGUCCAUUAUACCCACAGAGGCUUUGUUUUGAUCCAAGGAAACACGUCGGUGAGAUUUUGGUGUUAAUUAUC